UGUGAUUUGCUAAUAGCAAACAGUGGUAGGCAAGAUUAUCUGUUUGCGUUUAUUAGAAAGAAUUGUAUGUUAUGUUUUAGGUAUCGUAUAGACAGUCAUUAUGUUGUUAGUGUUAUCUGAAGAGCAAAAGGAGCACCUGGGGUUUUUAUCUGAUGUGGACCCAGCGGUUGUUGGUGAGUUUGGCAGAAUUGCUGUGGAGUUCCUAAAGAAAGGCUCAAACCCUAAAAUCUAUGAGGGUGCAGCGAGAAAGCUGAGUGUUCCAGCAGAGACUGUACAGCAUGGUGUUGAGGGACUGAUGUUUAUUCUUACUGAAAGUUCAAAGCUUAUGAUCUCUGAAGUGGACUUUCAGGACUCGGUGUUGGUGCUGGGUUUUUCAGAGGAGCUCAAUAAACUGCUGCUGCAGCUGUAUUUGGAAAACAGGAAGGAGAUCCGUCAGGUUCUGAGUGAACUCGCCCCAUCUCUGUCCCGCUAUCAGAACCUCGAGUGGAGGCUUGAUGUACAGCUGGCCAGCAGGGCUCUGAGACAGCAGGUGAAACCUACAGUCACCCUGAAGCUCCAUCUGGAGAGUGGAGACACGCAGAGCGCCCGUGUUCUACAGACAGACCCUGCCACAUUGCUGCAUCUCAUCCAGGAGCUGGAGCGAGCGCUUGCUGAGGUCAAGAGCAACCACUGCCGCCGAAUCCUACGCAACAUCAAAUAGGAGUGUGCAUAAAGUGGACACUAGAUGGUGUGAAAGGUCACCUAAAGCAGUGUUCAGGAGCCCUUCUGUUCAGCACAUUUUAAAGCAGUUCCAGCUCUUGGUUAAUGAACUGGUGAGUCAGGUGUGUUGUAACAGGAAAAUGUGCAGUUUAGGAGCAGGAACAUGAACUCUAAGUGUUAGAUACAGUCAAGGCAUAAAUGAAGACACUUGAAGUUCUUCAGUGUCAUCACCUGAAUAGAAACCACUCACUUAAGAAAUGUAUGAAUAAUGUUAGAGCUGGAGCAUUUAUGCAUCAUUUUAAUUUUUGGCUUGUUUGAUAAUUGAUUUGUUCUAUGCUUAAUACCUUUUGUCAGUGUUUAUCUUUAAUAUUUGGAAAAAUACAUAUUUUGGGACCAUUUCAUAACUUAGUGAGGCUGAAGAGUAAAAUGAAUUUAUUUUCACUUUUAAUAAUGUUAAAAGCCAAUGACUGAGAACAACUUGCUGUAUUCUCAUUGACUGUUUUGUAAAUAUGUUAAUAAAUCUUUGUAGAAUCUG